CAUGCAGUUUCCGCCUCUCAAGCGAAGACAAACAAGCGCGAUACCGUAACAGCGCUUCACCAAAUCUCACCCUCACCGACAAAUUGAAUCUUCUCCUGGAUGGCGGUCACAGUGACACCAACAUAAUACAACAAAAUCUCCUCCUCCUCCUUCCUCUCUCUCUCUCUCUCUCUGCAAUCGCCUCCUAGCCCUCCGAUCUCGCGUCGUGUCUGCAAUUCUCUCUCAAUGCUUGUUCGCAGUUCUCAGAAGUCAGAUCCAUUAGAAGAAAAACCCUAACUCAGUGAGUCAACUCGCUGAUCAAGAUCUGCAUUGGGUUUUGUUUAUUGGUUUCAGCGUCUACAUCCAUGUGAGUCUACUCGGUUUUCUCUCGGAAACCUUAGCAUUUCGAUGGGAUCGAGCCGGUGGUUCACGAUCGGGCUCAUCACGUCUUGGUACGCAUCGAACAUUGGGGUUCUGUUACUGAACAAGUACUUGCUCAGCAACUAUGGGUUCAGGUAUCCGAUUUUCCUCACCUUGUGCCACAUGCUCGCUUGUUCACUGCUCAGCUACGCCGCCAUAGCGUGGCUGAAGGUGGUGCCGAGGCAGAAUGUGCGAUCGCGGGCUCAGUUCGUGAAGAUUUCGGUGCUCAGUCUUGUUUUCUGUGCGUCGGUGGUUAGCGGUAACGUGUCGCUUCGAUUUCUUCCGGUGUCGUUCAACCAGGCGAUUGGCGCAACGACACCAUUUUUCACGGCGGUUUUUGCGUGUAUAAUGACUAGGAGGAGGGAGGCUCUGCUCACCUACUUCGCUCUUAUUCCUGUUGUUGCCGGAGUUAUCAUUGCCAGUGGAGGAGAACCAAGUUUUCAUCUGUUUGGAUUUAUUAUAUGCAUUGCUGCUACUGCCGCACGGGCGCUCAAGUCAGUACUUCAAGGAAUUUUGCUGUCCUCAGAGGGGGAAAAGCUUAAUUCUAUGAACCUCCUUAUGUACAUGGCUCCAGUGGCAGUUGCAUUCCUUCUUCCUGCAGCACUCCUGAUGGAGGAAAAUGUGGUUAACAUCACACUAGCACUUGCAAGAGAUGAUGUCAGGAUCCUAUGGUAUCUGAUCUUCAAUUCUGCAUUGGCAUAUUUAGUAAACUUGACCAAUUUUUUGGUCACUAAACACACAAGUGCCUUGACUCUCCAGGUGCUGGGAAACGCAAAGGGAGCUGUAGCUGUGGUUGUCUCAAUUUUAAUUUUUAGGAAUCCUGUAUCCAUAACUGGGAUGCUCGGUUAUAGUCUCACAUUAAUUGGCGUUGUCCUCUACAGUGAAGCUAAGAAACGGAGCAAAUGAAACUCCUUGAGAAGAUACAUGCAUGAUUUUAGCCUACUACUUGUAUUGUUUUGUUUAUCUGGGCUCAGCCGCAAGGUUCUUGGAUCAAAGGCCGAACAACUUCUCCCGGCAGACGUUAUAUAUAUGCAUCCUGUAAGUUAUUUCUUCUCAGAGACUGGAAAGAUGGUUUGUGCUUGUAACAGAAAUGGCCAGCACAGCCAAAAGUUGAGUAAUCUCAAUUAAAGGACAGCAUUCUGUUAUUUCCCAACUUUGGGUGACACGAGAGUAUAUGUUAUUCUCUAGGUAAAGGUAGCUUAAGAUUUUUUUUA